CUGUGCUGCUGCCGCUUCGUCCUAUGACUCCAGCACUGACACAUUUAUCAGAAGGAUGGAUUCAGCUGAUGAUUUGGACGAAGACGAACUUCUGGACUUCAACGUUCAGAUGAGCAUUCAGGAGUCGUGUCAUCUAAUGGGACCAGGGAGGAGUGAAGCUUUGAAGCUUGCUUUGGCCAUCAAACAAGGUGACAUGGUGGCACUGCAGAAGCUCUGUGAUUUCCCAGCAGCCUUCAGUCAGGUGGACAAGCAGGGCUGGUAUCCACUGCACAGGGCGGCGGUCCAACCUCUGGUCCAGGUGCUGGAGACGGUGCUGUACGCGUCUUUCAGUCUGACUCUGGAGGAAAAGACUUCGGGGGGUGAGACUUUCCUGACUUUAGCAGUAAAAGCUGGUUUGGUGGAAAACGUGACGAUGCUGCUGGACCAUGGAGCUUCUCCUCACACGACCAACAGCAAGAAUGAAUCCCCUCUUCUUUUAGCGGUCAGAGGCGGAUCCUAUCAGAUGGUUUCCAGUCUGAUCGCUGGAGGAGCUCGGGUUGGUCAGGUGUGUCUGAAGAAGUGGACGGCCGUGCACGAGGCCUCCAGGGCCGGCUGUGUUCGAGUCAUGGAGCUCCUGCUGCAGAACGGAGGUCAGGUCUCAGAGACAGACCAGUAUGGAGUGACACCUCUGGGCAUCGCUGCAGAGUACAGCCACUCUGAAGUCCUGGAGCUCCUCAUCAAACAUGGUGCUGAUGUAAACGCUCAGGCGCCAAAUGGCGACAGCGUCCUGUACGAUGCUGCAGGUUCGGGGAAUCCAGACUGUAUCGACAUCUUGCUGCAGCACGGAGCAAAUCCAAACAUUCACAACCUGAGCUCCCAGCUGCCCAUCCACCACGCUGCAUAUGAGGGACACUAUCUAGCUUUGAGGAUUUUGAUCCCCAUCACCACCAGACGGGCCCUGCGGCUGUCCGGCCACAGCCCCGUCCACUCUGCCGCUGAUGGAGGCCACACUCACUGCCUGGAGCUCCUGCUGCAGAAAGGCUUCGACGUCAAUGCGCAGUUGGCCCCUCACAUCACCGACAACUACGGCGACAUGAGGAGGACCCCGCUGUACUUCGCUGUCUCCAACGGAGACGCGACCUGCACAGAGAUUCUACUGAGGUCGGGUGCCAAACCAGACCUGGACCCGCUGCGCUGCCUCCUGGUGGCGGUCAGGUCGGGCCGCUACGAGAUUGUGAAGCUGCUGCUGGCGGCCAAAGCAGAUGUGAACUGUUACUUCACAGUGGUGAAUGACACGGUGUUCCCCACGGCGCUGCUGUACUGUCUGAAGGAUGAGGUGAUGAUGAGGCUGCUGCUCAACAACGGCUAUGACGCAGAGAAGUGUUUCUGUUGUAACCAUGACGACGAAUGGGACGACCUGAGCGAGACUAGUUACUCACAAGAUCAGGAGGAAAAAGUUGCUUUUUGUGAUUUCGUCAGUGUCUCCUGGCUGGUGAACCUUGUGGGCCAAGUCGUCUCAAUCCUCCUGGAAUACGUCGGUCAGGUUUCUCUCUGUGGCAAGCUGAGAAAGAUCCUGGAGAAACACAAGGAGUGGUCUCACAUUCACAGGACCAUACGUAACCCUCGCUCUCUGUCUCACCUGAGCAGAGUGGUGAUCAGGAAACACCUGAGCUGCAGCAGUCUGAUGUCCGCCCACCUGCCCAACAGGCUGAAGGACUACCUGUUGUUCAAAGAGAACGACCUGUACGCCAAAAUCAUCUGCAGGGAGGACUGAGGGGACGAUUUCCAUCUUGUAUACUGAGUCUUAAAUUUGGUAAUGAGUUUGUGUUUUUUUCUUUCCUUUUAUGUAACAGGGCCUGUAUUUAUCAACCAUCUAUGAAUUACACCUAAGAAUGAUCUAGAGCAGUGGUUCCCAACGAGUGGGUCACAGUCCAAAAGUGGGUUGCGGGCCCAUAAAUGCACUUUAUUUUGAAGUACAGAAAAUUUUUGGCACAGGCUUUUAUUUUGUAGUGCUGUUUCCUGUUAACGGACAGAUACUUAACAGAGACAGCAAACUAGCUCGAUGACAUGGACAAACACAAGCGCUGAAUGUAUUAAACUUUGUGGAUCUUGAACGAAUGACGAAGGAGAAAUUUGGACCCCGUGGGUGGAGCAGUUUGGAACCACUGCUCUAGAGCUCACCUAGAAAGUGUGAGCAAUGAGACUGUGUUACUGUAAAUGAUUUUUUUCUAAAGGGCAUUAACGAAGUUUAUUUUCACUGUAUUGUGUGAGGUGACUCAGAUUUCUGGGACUCAGGUGUUGGAUGAAGGAGCCUGUUAACUGUGUAUCUGUUUUUUUGGGGGGGAAAUAAAACAGAGAUGGUGAUGUUCAGACCAUUACGUACCCGAAGCAGGGAGGGCUCUUAAACACUGUAAAUUGUCAAAUAAAAGGGUACAUCUAAAUAAUGUCACAGGAUCAAAGUAUUUUUUAAGGUGCUGUUGCCGUUAGUAACACUAAGGCUGCUGUCAGCCCUAGAGUGGUCUCCUCUGGUCUGAAUCAGGGACUCAUGUUGUUCCAAAGUUGUAUAAUUGCCUAGAGUUGGUUCGUGUUCUCACGGCAGCAUUUACAAGCGGACCAGAUCAAAUGCCUUGUGUGAGAAAGCUGCUCUUGAUUGGUCAGAAUUUCCAUGUGGGAAAAAUCCAGGAAGUAAAGCAAACGUUGAAGAAGAGUACACUUGCAAGAUAAAUGUGACACUUUCUAAUGUCACAAUGGAGGGACAACUACGCAGGUUGAUUUUAGCGCUGCUCAUCGUGGACUAUAUUGCUGUCAUUGUUCAUUUUAGUCAAACCAUACAGUUUGAAAACGAGGCGCGGCUCCAACUAGAAAACAAUGUUUUGAUGCAUUGGAUGUGCUGAAUGUGCAUAUUAAGGCAGUACAGGAGGAGGUGCACAUUAAUAAUCCUCCAGGACUGUAACAUGCUCAUGUUUAACCCAAACAAUGUGUCAUGUGACUGCAGUUGCUUCACAUCCAGGUCGGAACACCUUCUCACCAC